CACGGAUACACACAUUCAAGCACCCAUGCACCCUUCCGCAAUUCAGAUAUUGGUCGCACCCAAGAUUCAAAACUUUGGUUUGUAAAGUUUGAUUUUUGAUCGUUUCUUUUGUUAAGAAAGAGGAGCUACACGCAAUCAAGAUCAAGAUAGAUCCCGAAAAUGGAGGGAGAAGGAGUGGUCGGGGCACCAGGGUUUAGAUUCUACCCUACAGAAGAAGAGUUGAUAACAUUUUAUUUGAAGCAUAAGAUACAAGGCACCACCAGAUUACUGCAACAUAUCGAUAGAGUCAUACCUCGGCUUCAUGUCUACGAUUUCUACCCAUGGGACCUCCCUCAAUAUGCUGGAGAACGUUGUCAAGGAGACCUGGAGCAGUGGUUCUUUUUCAUUCCUAGACAAGAGAAAGAAGCAAGAGGAGGGCGACCCAGCCGCCUGACGAGUUCCGGCUACUGGAAGGCCACUGGUUCACCAAGCAUCGUUUACUCUUGGAAUAAUCGAGCCAUUGGGAUCAAGAGAACCAUGGUUUUCUAUAAUGGUAGAGCUCCCAGUGGGACCAAGACCAAAUGGAAAAUGAAUGAAUACAAGGCUUUCCAAGAAGUCCCCUCCUCAAACUCUAACCCUAGACCCGAGAUGCAGUUGAUGGAGGAAUUAAGUUUGUGCCGAGUGUAUGUAAAAUCAAAUUGUUUGAGGGCUUUUGAUAGAAGACCAUCAGGAAACGAGCAUGUGCCACCCUUUCAAUUCAACUAAUCCUAGCCAGCCAUCAUCAAUAAUAAAGAAGAGGGCAAGCUUUUCUGGCUAUAUAUCUACUCCUGUGCUUGACGAUUAUUAGUGGUCAAUCUUCAAAAAAAAGGGUAUAGUUGAGCUAAGGUAAAUUAUAUUAUGCCAAGAACAAGAAAAGUUAUAUCCAAAUUUGAAUAUCAUAUACCCUACUUAUGGAUCCUCAUGUGUAUAUAUAUGGGAAUCAACGAUGAGCUUUUGUGGAUUGAUCUCAUCUCUCUUUUCUCAAUAAUUAGAAGGCUGGGUACGUACUGCUAUAAUGUGGCAUUUGGAGAUAUUUGGUAUUUGCUGAACGGCUUAUUUUUUAAGAGAACAAGAGUCGUAGAGCAUUGCUAUUUGGGUCCAUUGUUGCUUCUUACUUGGCAUUAUGUAAUGUAUGUAAAUGAUUAAAAUAAUUCUUUUGUAUUUACUUUUA